AUGACAGACAGUCGCAAACAGCUCUCGACAGAGAAGGUCCAAGGUGCGCAAGAGUUUACUCCAGGCUCUGACUCAGAUGCACCUGUUGUAGCUGUCCUGCAGGAAAUCCCCAAAAGGAGCUGGAAGUCAUAUAUAUGGGAUACCUUUGACAAAUCACCUGAAGAGCGCAAGUUCUUGUUCAAGCUCGAUGCUGCUCUUAUGACUUUGGCAUCGUUGGGAUACUUCAUCAAAUAUUUGGACCAGGUGAACAUCAACAAUGCCUUUGUCUCUGGUAUGAAAGAGGAUAUGAACCUGUUCGGCAACGAGUUGAACUAUAUGCAAACAUGCUGGACCGUCGGAUAUGUCAUCGGUGAAAUCCCAAGUAACAUGUUAUUGACGCGAAUUCGGCCGAGUAUAUGGAUCCCCGCCUGCGAAGUAACUUGGUCCGUCUUGACAAUCCUCCUCACAAAAUGCACAAAUGCCACUCAACUCUACGUCCUUCGCUUCUUCAUCGGUCUCGCAGAGAGUACCUUCUACCCUGGCAUGCAAUACAUCGUCGGCUCAUGGUAUCGCAAAGACGAACUUGCCAAACGAUCAUGCUUGUUCCACGCCAUGGGAAACGUUGGAUCCAUGGUAUCAGGCUAUCUCAUGGCUGGUUCGCAUAACCUCGACGGUGUACAUGGCUACCACGGUUGGCAGUGGCUGUUCAUCACCAAUACAGUAGUGUCCCUUCCCAUCGCCAUAUCAGGCUUCUUCUUCCUACCAGAUCUACCAGAGAUAACCAGAGCUUGGUACUUUACUCCAGAGGACAUUGCCCUAGCAAAGAAGCGUAUGGAACUUGAAGGCCGAGCCCAACGAUCGCCAUACACGAAAGCAAAGUUUAAAAAGAUCUUCACCAGCUGGCAUAUCUACACCCUAGUCCUUCUCUACAUCCUCUUCAACAACGGCAACGGCGGCAACUCACAGCCCGCAUUUCCCCUCUGGCUCAAAUCACAAGGCUACUCCAUCCGCGACGUAAACCUCUACCCCACCAUCGUCGAGGUAAUCAGCGUCAUAACAACGCUCAUCUACGCCUGGACAUCAGACAGUCUCUUCCGCGGCGCGCGCUGGCCCGCCAUCGUAUUUUCCGGGUUAGUAAAGAUAAUAGCCUACGUCGGCUUAACAGUCUGGAAAGUUCCCACGCCGUUUACGUGGGUAUGUUUCAUGCUCUGUGGUUUUGGCGGUGGGAUCAGUGGUCUUACGUUUGCGUGGGCGCAUGAGAUUUGUAGUGAUGAUAAUGAGGAGAGGGCGCUUGUUACGGGGGCGAUGAAUCAGAUGGCGUAUGUGUUUCAGGCGUGGUUGCCGUUGAUUAUUUGGCAGCAGGUUGAGGCGCCAGCUUAUCCGAAGGGGUAUCCUACUAUGGUUGGGAUGGCGGUUGGGUUGAUCGGGAUUGCGUUUACGAUCAGGGCUUUGCAUAAGAGGCAGAUCAGAGGGCAUAGGCAUGCUUUGGUGGGUGAGGCGUAG